CCUCUUCCAGAAUUGAAAAAAGAACCAGAAGUUGUAGAAGAUUUUAUUAGAAAUUUUCUUUCAAAAAGGGGUUUGGAGGACAGUUUACGAAUGUUCAAUGAUGAAUUAUAUGAAAAAAAACAAAAAGGAGAAAUUGAGGAUUUUGCUGAUUCAGUCCCUGAUGUUUACAUCCAACUUCAGAGAGUGGAAGAAGAGCUUAGUUAUUGUAAAAAGCAAAUGGAACAACAAAAACAGCUCUCAGAAAAUAUUGUACAAAAGUUUGAAAAGCUCAAAAGGGUGAAAGAUCACCACAAAAUGAACCAUAUGCAAACUGUCCAAACAAAGGAUCAAUUAAGGAAAGAAUUAGAAAGAAUGAGAAAUCACUGCGCCAAGUACGAACCUUUUAUUGCUGAACUUACUCUUAAAUAUGACAAGGUUUUUAAAGAAAAGACACUCGUUUGUUUGGAAAGGGAUAGGCUACUUAAUAGAUUGAAUGAGCUCGACAAUUUUAAGCAAACCGAGCCAAUCUCUAGUGUAAAUACUCAAGAAAUAGAAAAAAAGAAAAUGAAAUCAUCAAUUACCAACACUCAAAAGAAAUCUGUAAAGAAAAAGGAUUCAACUCUUCCUCUUGAAAAAAAGAAUCCUUAUAAGGAAAAGAAGCUUUCAAGAGUAAUGGCUGAAACCUUCACUCUUACUCAAAAUUAUGAAAGUCAUUCUAUGGCAAUAACUGGUUUAGCUGUUCACUCCAAAAAACCAAUAGUGGCCUCAGCUUCAGAUGAUGGAACCUGGAAAGCUUGGUCAUUACCAACCUCUAAAGUGAUAAUGAGCGGUGAGGGUCAUACUGAUUGGGUGAGUGGAAUAGAUUUUCAUCCUUUUGGGACUCAUUUGGCAACUUCUGGAGGUGAUUGUACAGUCAAGUUGUGGGAUUUUACUACUGCCAGUUGCUCUUCAACUUUUGAGGACCAUACACUUCCUGUUUGGGAAUGUCAGUUCCACCAUUCAGGAGAUUUUUUAGUGAGUUGCUCAAUGGAUCAAACAGCAAAGUUGUUUGAUAUUAGAUCUGAGAAGUGCGUCACAACUUUUAGAGGACAUAAGGACAGUGUAAAUAGUGUGGUUUGUGUUCCUUUUACAAAUCUAUUGCUCUCAGCUUCAGCAGAUAAGACACUUUCUCUUUGGGAUAUGAGGGUUGACAGUAAGAGUAUUUGUGUUCAGACUUAUUAUGGGCAUAAGAAUAGUUGUAAUAGUGUUACAAUUAAUCUCCAAGGAGAUACUAUCGCCUCAACUGAUUGUGAUGGUCUGGUCUUGUUGUGGGAUAUGAGAACCCAAAAAAUAAGAAAUCAAUUCAACAUAAGUGAUGUACCUGUAUCUGCAAACAAGUGUACGUUUGAUCAGAGCGGAAAAGUGCUGGCGGUUGCCUCAUCAGAUAGUUCUGUAAGAUUGUUUGCACCAGAUGGAGUAAAAGACCAAGAAGAAAGCUCUAAAUCAAACUUUACUCUUGGAGAUUUGAAGGGAAGCAAGGAAGGAGUGCAAGUAGUAAAAUUUGAUCCUGAUGGAAAGUACCUUGUAAGUGGAGGUGAUGAUGGAAUUCUU